AUGACGCUUUCGGCUCUCCGUUUUUUUCUGAUGAUGGUCUACUCGAUAACUAGAGCCGUCCUAGUGUUGUCUCUUGCGGCAACCAAUGUUAGUGCAGAAAUUGACUGGGCAGUUCGUCUUGCGGAUGGAUCCUCAACCAACUGUGGUCGACUGGAGGUGUUUUUUGCAGAGGAAUGGGGUUUAGUCUGCAGCAAAGACUGGGAUGAGGAGGACAUACGCAGGGUCUGCAGUCAGCUUGGUUUCAUGCAUGGAUUAGCACCCCAGCAGUGGCCCAGUAGCGAAAAUAUAAGUUUUGGGUCUGGCAACUAUGGACCCUUAUUGGUAGGUGAGGUAGAGUGUGCAUUGUCAGCCUCUUCCCUCGCAGACUGCCACCACGGAGGGUGGGGAAAGCACAACUGCUCGCUGGAGGAGGACAUUAUCCACAUUUGCUGUGAUCCGCGGCCACCAUCUCUCCCUGUCAGACUCACGUGUCCCCAAUGCACAGAGCUCUCAGCGUGCAGGACAUGUCCAAACAAGAUCCACCCGGCGCUCUCUGAUUGCCACGUCCAGCCUGCAGUAGCUGGCAUUGUCGAGGUAAUGGUCGAUGGAGACUGGGGUCCAAUAUCAGCAGACGAGUGGGAUUUGAAAGAAGCCACGGUUUUGUGUGGACAGCUCGGCUAUCCAACCGUAUACCCACAGGGUUCUCCCCCUCCAACGAUCAAAGAUGUCUGGCCCCAAUACCGCCAGCUACUGGAGGCCACUUCCCCAGGCAGUGGAAAUGGAAUGGAGAGUCAGAGUCUACUGGAAGACUGCAACGAGACUCAUUCGGAGGAGAUUGAGCUGUUGAGUGAAAAACUCUCUCGCUCUCUCUUGCAAGGAGUGAAAUGUUUGGGGACGGAGUCUGAGCUACUGAGCUGCUCCAUGACUGGUGUGAGAAGUCGACCAAACCCAUCUCGUAGAGUUGCAGCAGUUAAGUGUGGGUUCCUACCACAUUUUAACUGCUUCCGUGAAGCAGAAAAGGUAUCACAAAUCUUAGAGAAAAUUUAUGGUGAUUUGACUUACUCCAUACUGCUCUGGUAUCAGAACGUGAGACUGAGGGCAGGUGCUGUAGACUGGAAAGGGAGGGUGGAAGUCAAGAGGAACGGUGCCUGGGGGACUGUGUGCGACAGAGGAUUCAAUGAGUUGGACGGAAACACUGUGUGCAGGCAGCUUGGCUACGGAACAGUCAAGGCAAUAUCUGGAUACGGUCGAGGAGUGGCAAACAUACAUUAUACUGAUCUCAGUUGUACAGGUAGAGAAACUCGCAUCGGCAACUGUCUAAAGAGCACAGAGACUCAGAACUGUGGCCAUGCACAAGAUGUGGGUCUGGAGUGUAACGUUCCGGAUUCUACAACGUGUUUGGAAAAUACUCUCCAUCAUGUGGUUAUGAAGGGGCAGGGAGGUAUUGACUAUCCAGAGCUAAGGGAAAGAAAACUGUUACGGUUUGACAGUCUGGCCUGGAACUAUGGGCUGGCAGACUUCAAACCAGUCGCCUACAGUCGAGACUGGCAGUACCACGAUUGUCACAACCACUACCACUCCAUGGAAGAGUUUGCCCACUACAACGUCUUUUACUACGGGACGUCCAACAAGGCGAGCGAGGGUCACAAAGCCUCAUUCUGUCUCGAGGACAGCGUGUGUGCCAGUGGUCACAAUCCUCGUUACACAUGUAACCCCAGGGUCCAGGCAAUUUCUGUCAACUGUGGCGACUUGUACGGACAGCACCUCGACUGUCAGUGGGUCGACAUCACUCGGCUAGGCUACGGGGAGUAUUUGCUUCAGGUGUCACUGAAUCCUCUCAGACUUGGUAUGGAGAGCGACUAUGGGAACAACGAUGCCUUCUGUAGGAUCGUGUUUGACGAGGUGUACUCGCGGAUCUACGGCUGGGAGGAGACCCUGGAGGUGGGGGACUGCUGGCUUUCAGAUCACUAAUGAUGGAGUUGUCUAUAGCUAGUAUCGAGGUUUCGUGUCUCGGUAUAGUUUGAAAAUAAUGUGUUUUUUGGAAUUAUAAUCACACACUAGAUAUGAACUUGCAUUGUGUUCAAUAAAUGAAAGUGGACUUAAAAAGAG